AAUUCAAUUUCUCCCACUAGCUAGAUGCCAAUUACCAACUUGGAGUUGGAAGCCAUUAACGGCUUGCUUUCAUCUCAAUUUAUGAAAAAGACUCCCAAUUCAUGAUUUGUAUUAAAUGGAGAGGAUAAGGUUAUCCCGAUGAACAAACAGGAGAGAUAUCCCAAUUUGCUUUGGAGGAUAGUCCAGCAGAUUAUAAUUAAAUUCAGGCGAGUCCCACAUCUCUUUUGACAUCGACACUGAUUAGAUCGUACCAUUUUUCUGUAACAUUACUACUCUUCUCUUUAUAUAAAUCAACCCAGCCUUGAAAAAAAUGCAUCUUCCUUCAGCUUGAUCAAACUCAACUCUUUUUGUUUCUUGCUUAUUAUCUCGGAAAUGGAAGCGGUGAGUGAGUCCUCGGUCCUGGAGCUUAUCCGGCUUCACCUUCUCGGAGACUUCACCUCCACGGAUUCCUUUGUCAACAGUCUCAAUUUCAGUGCACCCAAAGCCAUCUGUUCUCACCCCGUCAAACAUGAAGCUGAAAGCCCCAUAUCCGAAUCCGAAUCCCACUCUCCCAUUUUCGACCAAAACUACCAUACAGGAACCGGUACUUUCAUUAUUAGCUCAACUCCAAAACACCUGCUUAAGAAAAUCAACCACCUCAAAUCACCCGAGUCAGCUGAAGGUUCGAUCGUGAAGGUGUCGGAUUGUGGUGAUCAGCAGCAGGGGAGGCAUUACAGGGGAGUUCGACGUAGACCGUGGGGUAAGUACGCAGCGGAGAUCCGGGACCCGACCAGGAAUGGGAGGCGGACUUGGCUGGGAACCUUUGACACUGAUGUUGAUGCUGCCAAGGCCUAUGAUUGCGCUGCCUUCAAGAUGAGGGGUCGUAAAGCCAUAUUGAAUUUUCCUCUGGAGGCCGGAGUGUCUUCGCCAAAUUCCUUUUCCGGCCGAAAGAGAAGGGGAGAAAACAUAUCGGUACUGGAGGUGCCGGAAUCUGACGAGCUGGCGGUGGAGAGUUGGGUGUUUCGGAAUCAAGAAGAGGAGCUUGUUCAAGCUCCGGUACCGUCCUCGUCAUCUAAGAAACCAGUUUCUGCCAGUUGUUAAUAUGUUAUUGGGCGUGUUUUGAUACGUCAUAUAUACACACGUGUGCUCUCUAAAAAAAAAAAUAUAUAUAUAUAUAUAUACACGUGUGCGUGUGUGCUGGUAAUAGCCUAGCCGAUGAGUUUAGCUUGGAGAGAAAAACAAGGAAAGAAAAAAAGCUGGAUAUUGUACAUGGGUUGUAACUGUAUGAGGAUUGUGAAAUAUCUGCAAAAUUUAUUUAAUAUAUUUUCAUGUUUGUUUUUUAA